AGGAGCAGAGAGCAGCCAUUGCUGUGUCUGGCAGCAGGAUUGCACAGUAGUGAAGAAGACAUCCAAUGAGUGUGAGACACCCAGCAGCCGUCCCUGUUUGUCAGAAGGACUAAGCAGAACCCAGAGCCCCAUUACGGUGCCUCCACCUCACUCACUGAUACAUGAGAGACACAGUGACCAGAAGAUCCUGGAACUCACCAACAAGAUCAUUCAGCUGCUGACUGGAGAGGAGGGGGAGUAUAUAAAGGAACACAGGGGUCUGUACAAGGACGUGAUGAUGGAGAAUCACCUGCCCCUCACAUCACUGGAUGGGCCCAGUAACAGAGAUAUCCCAGAGAGAUGUCCCCGUCCUCUGUAUUCCCAGGAUUGUACAGAGGAGAAUCACAGGAUCCCACAGGAGGAUCAGGCACAACGUCUAUCUGAUAUUAAAAUAGAAGAUACAGAGGGAGAAGAAGAGACGUAUGUGACUGAUAUAAAUGCAGAAGAUAUAGAGGAAGAAGAAGAGACGUAUGUGACUGAUAUAAAGGCAGAAGAUAUAGAGGGAGAAGAAAAGACGUAUGUGACUGAUAUAAAGGCAGAAGAUAUAGAGGGAGAAGAAGAGACAUAUGUGACUGAUAUAAAGGCAGAAGAUAUAGAGGGAGAAGAAGAGACGUAUGUGACUGAUAUAAAGGCAGAAGAUAUAGAGGCAGAAGAAGAGACGUAUGUGACUGAUAUAAAGGCAGAAGAUAUAGAGGGAGAAGAAGAGACGUAUGUGACUGAUAUAAAGGCAGAAGAUAUAGAGGGAGAAGAAGAGACAUAUGUGACUGAUAUAAAGGCAGAAGAUAUAGAGGGAGAAGAAGAGAUGUAUGUGACUGAUAUAAAGGCAGAAGAUAUAGAGGGAGAAGAAGAGACGUAUGUGACUGAUAUGAAUGCAGAAGAUAUAGAGGGAGAAGAAGAUACGUAUGUGACUGAUAUAAAGGCAGAAGAUAUAGAGGAAGAAGAAGAGACGUAUGUGACUGAUAUAAAGGCAGAAGAUAUAGAGGGAGAAGAAGAGACGUAUGUGACUGAUAUGAAGGCAGAAGAUAUAGAGGGAGAAGAAGAGACGUAUGUGAGCGGUGAUCAGCAGUGUAAGGAGGAGGAGAUUCCUACAGAUAUCAGCACAGCAGAUGGACACACAAGCAGGAACAUCUCAGAAGGACAUCUAAUGUUAUCCCCGGAUUGUGACAUAAAAGAUAAUGACAGUAGACAGGAUUCUCCAGGAGAUAACCCCAUUACCCCAAUUAUACAUCCAGCUCUAUCAGCUGGUCCCCCUGAUCCUGGGAAAUGUUCUCCUGAUCACUCUGAUAUUGGUGCAUCUGUUACAGCUCUGAGAGUAGAUACAGUGUUUCCCUGUUCUGUAGAUGCCAAAUGUUUUACACAGAACACAAAGCUUAUUACCCAUCAUCCAGCUAAGGCAGGUGAGAGGUCAUUUCCAUGUUCUGAGUGUGGGAAAUGUUUUACAUUUAAAUCAGUUCUUGUUACACAUCAGAGAAGUCACACAGGUGAGAGGCCGUUUUCCUGUUCUGAGUGUGGGAAAUGUUUUACACAGAAAUCAGCUCUUGUUACACAUCAGAGUAGUCACACAGGUGAGAAGCCGUUUUCCUGUUCUGAGUGUAGGAAAUGUUUUGCACGGAAAUCAGUUCUUGUUAGACAUCAGAGAAGUCACACAGGUGAGAAGCCGUAUUCCUGUUCUGAGUGUGGGAAAUGUUUUGCAUUCAAAUCACAUUUUGAUAUUCAUCAGCAUACUCACACAGAUGAGAAGCUGUAUUCCUGUUCUGAGUGUAGGAAAUGUUUUGCACGGAAAUCAGAUCUUGUUACACAUCAGAGAAGUCACACAGGUGAGAAGCCGUUUUCCUGUUCUGAGUGUAGGAAAUGUUUUGCACGGAAAUCAGAUCUUGUUACACAUCAGAGAAGUCACACAGGUGAGAAGCCGUUUUCCUGUUCUGAGUGUGGGAAAUGUUUUGCAUUCAAAUCACAUUUUGUUAUUCAUCAGCAUACUCACACAGGUGAGAAGCCAUUUCCAUGUUCUGAGUGUGGGAAAUGUUUUGCAGGGAAAUCAGAUCUUGUUAAACAUCAGAGAAGUCACACAGGUGAGAAGCCGUAUUCCUGUUCUGAGUGUGGGAAAUGUUUUACACAGAAAUCAGUUCUUGUUACACAUCAGAGUAGUCACACAGGUGAGAAGCCAUUUUCCUGUUCUGAGUGUAGGAAAUGUUUUGCACGGAAAUCAGAUCUUGUUACACAUCAGAGAAGUCACACAGGUGAGAAGCCGUUUUCCUGUUCUGAGUGUGGGAAAUGUUUUGCAUUCAAAUCACAUUUUGUUAUUCAUCAGCAUACUCACACAGGUGAGAAGCCAUUUCCAUGUUCUGAGUGUGGGAAAUGUUUUGCAGGGAAAUCAGAUCUUGUUAAACAUCAGAGAAGUCACACAGGUGAGAAGCCGUAUUCCUGUUCUGAGUGUGGGAAAUGUUUUACACAGAAAUCAGUUCUUGUUACACAUCAGAGUAGUCACACAGGUGAGAAGCCAUUUUCCUGUUCUGAGUGUAGGAAAUGUUUUGCACGGAAAUCAGAGCUUGUUGCACAUCAGAGAAGUCACACAGGUGAGAGGCCAUUUCCAUGUUAUGAGUGUGGGAAAUGUUUUACACAUAAAUCAGCUCUUGUUAGACAUCAGAGAAGUCACACAGGUGAGAAGCCAUACUUCUGUUCUGAGUGUGGGAAAUGUUUUGCACGGAAAUCACAUCUUGUUCUACAUCAGAGAAGUCAUACAGGUGAGAAGCCGUAUUCCUGUUCUGUGUGUGGGAAAUGUUUUGCAUGUAAAUCAAAUCUUGUUACACAUCAGAGGAGUCACACAGGUGAAAAGCCAUUUUCAUGCUGUGAGAGAAAUAAAUCCGCUCUUGUUGAACAUAUUAGACAUUACCCAAAUACGGAACCAUUUACAUCUUCUGGAGUAUAAUUAUCACUGUCAUGCAAUGUUCCUCAAGGGUCAACCUUAUCUCCUAUGCUUUAUGCAAUAUAAAUGCUACCACUGGGUGAUAUAAUCAGACGUCUUGGCCUGGUCUACCACUGCUAUGCAGAUGACCUGCUUUUUGCUCCAUGUACUGAGAACCUAAUACCAAUCCUAAAUGGUUGUCUAGCUGAGCGCCAUGGGUGGAUGAUGCCAGUUGGCUGUGACUCAGUCUUUGUGAAACAUAAUAGAAGCUCACCAACAAAGGACAAGACUUUACCAACCAUCUGGAUUUAUGCUUUGGUGUACAGAAUUUAAAAUACUGAACAUGUGCUGAAUCUUUGUGUUGUCCUGGUAUGUGGCUGACACAGACAUCAGGUAUCUGCCACAUACAAAUCCUCAUUCUUCCAUCUGUGGACCAUAGCCAGAAUCAAGCACUUGAUUCCCUCAGAAGUUCAUAGACUACUGCAAUGCCAUCUACCUGGGUCUCCCAGCAAAAGAAUUACAGAGCUUGCAGCUAGUACAGAAUGCAGCAGCAAAGCUGUUACCUAACCAGCCCGUUCCUGCCUCAUAACACCCAUUCUCUAGUCCCUUCACUGGCUGCCUGUAAGAUGACAAAUCUAUUUCAUAAUUGGCUAACUGACUUUCCCAGCUCAACAUUACAUGGUCCAAGGUACUAGAAGCAGCUUCUGCCUCCUUACUGCCCUGCUUGCUGGCUUCUACAGAUGAAGGACUGUUACCGACAGUACCAAGAAUCUCCUGUCAUUCAUUUAUGGGUUGAAUGUUUAGCUUUGUAGCCCUGACCAUGGAACUCACUGCCUUGCACAGUCCAAGAGGCCUGCACUCUAGAGACCUUCACAAGCAGACUGGUGACUGUUACUCACGCUUUUCAUUAAUGUACCUCUAUUUCUCAUACGUCCUAGAGGAUGCUGGGGAUUCCAAAAGGACCAUGGGGUAUAGACGCAUCCGCAGGAGCUUGGGCACACUGUAAAGACUUAAACUGGGUGUGAACUGGCUCCUCCCUCUAUGCCCCUCCUCCAGACCUCAGUUAGCCUUUGUGCCCAGGAGUGAUGGGUCACACACUAGGGGAGCUCUACUGAGUUUCUCUGAAAGACUUUAUGUUAGGUUUUUUAUUUUCAGGGAGACCUGCUGGCUACAGGCUCCUGCAGCGUGGGACUGAGGGGAGAGAAGCAGGACCUACUUCUGUGAGUUUCAAGGCUCUGCUUCUCGGCUACUGGACACCAUUAGCUCCAGAGGGUUCGAUCACUUGAUGCGCCUAGCUUCUUGUUCCCGGAGCCACGGCGUCAAUCCCCUCACAGAAGCCAGAAGAAAGAAGUCGGGUGAGUAUUGGAAGAAAAGAAGACUUCAGACGGCAGAAGACUUCAGUAACGGAGGUACAGUGGUAGUGCUGCUCUUCAUGCUCCCACACACCAACGGCACUCACAGGGUGCAGGGCGCUGGUGAGGGGGGGGGGGGGGAGCGCCCUGGGCGCAUGUUACUGGUCUGCUUAAUGUGAACAACUGGCAAAAAAAAAAGCAUUUAGGUGCCGUGUUUCAUCCCCCCGCCAGUAUACUUUAAUUAUUUCCCCGCCACCGCUUAUACGGGUGCAGGGCGCGCCGGGGGGAGCGCCCUGGGCAGCGAGUCAGUUUUAACAGUUCUUACUCUCGCUGCCGGGGGCUCCAUAUACAGACCCCGUCGGCCGCCAUGGGGUACAGGGCGCCGGGAUGUGGUGGCGCCCGGGGCAGCAUAGAUAGUUAGAGCUCCCGGGCGCCGCAUACGGGGACCCACCUGAGAGCGGCAGGUGCGCGAUGCGCCGGAACUCCCGCUUCCCAAACGUUGUCUGGGGUGCACGGCGCGCAGGGGGGCGCCCUGAGCAGCAUGGUGCUGAGUAUAUAUAUAUAUAUACCCUAUAUUUAGUACUCGGCCUAUUUGGUUUUCAGAUCCAGGGGGGCUAUAGCGUGCCGAGAGGGGCGGAGCUUAGCCUCACACACUGAGUCAGCGCCAUUUUUCCCUGCUGUCCCCGCCAAGAACCAACAGUGGGGAACGCAAUGUUUGGACUGUGUUGCCCUCCCAGAGGUGUAAUCUCCCUGUGUAUAGGGUCCCCGGUUCAAUAUAGGGUUAUAUAUAUAUAUAUAUAUAUAUAUAUAUAUAUAUAUUAUUAUUAUUAUUAUUAUUUUUUGUCGAGCGGGCUUAAGUGCGCCGGGAAGGGGCGGAGCUUAGACCUCACAGAGGGGUCAGCGCCAUUUUCCAAAGUUCCCCACCGGGACUUGCUGUAUACUAAGAAGGAAGGGGGACACAGAGUGUUUUAAUGCUGUAUGGGUGUCAUACAGCAUUAGGAUUGAUAAAUGGACGCAGAAUCCUUGUUGUAAUACAUAAAUACACUGUUUCCCUGUUUUAUUUACCCACUAUUGGUUAGUCGACGUGUGUCGACAGGUGUGAGGGCUUUGUCAAAGGCGCCUGUGGGGAUAACUGUCGGUUUCGCCGACGCUUGCCGGUACUUGAUUCAAACAACUAAGUAUUGACAGGUUACUUUUGUGUGCUUAAAAAAACAAGUAAACACACUAGGGGAGACACGGCGGUCGGUCGAUGCCCUGUCGGCAUCAACGGUAAUGCCUGGCUAAAAGAAUUAACAAGUUGUUAUUGCCUGGUGCCUGUAUUGGUAUUUAUAUAUUUUGUUUAUAUAUAAGUAGGGGGAGUGUUAUUACAAUUGUAGAGGUAUGCUUCCCUCAGACCCCUUGGGGUUUCCAAGAUUGUGAUUAUUCUGCCGCUUACUAUUCCGGGCUGUCGACAUUUCCUCAGUUUCUGUCGGCUGUAAAGUUCCUGGUAGAUCCACAUCGGGGGCAUGUCAGUACAUGGUCAUACACAUUACUGUCACUAGGGACCUGACGGGUCUGGACAAUCCACUUGCGUAUAGGUUAUGUCUAUAUGUAUUUAUGUGUAGAUAUGACUUUAUAUAUGCAUGAUUACGAUAUAUGUGUUAUAUUGUGUAUUACAUGAUGUAUAUACAUGAACGCUGAAAUAAUGGUAUUCUUCUCAUGGGCUGGUCGCUCUGUUGAUUAAGCUCUAGAUUGGCCGGGACGAGUUGGUUUCGAUGCUCUCAAGGAGUCCGAAUAUUAAUCUCUUCACAACGCGGAGAGAAAUCUAUGACAGUCAACUCCUGGUCGACGCAGAGCCCGGUCGCAAAGGAUCAUACACAGGCAGCUAAGUGAAAUUUUAUUUCUAUACUUUGACCUUAUUUGCAAUGUAUGCACUUGAGGGAGUGUGGUAGUCGGGUAAGCAUCCGAUAGAAUUAUCCUACUCAGAGUGGGUAGGGCUUGCCUAUGUUUAUUUUUCCUUAUAACAUUACAGCAGGCUGCCACGUGACAGUAGGUGGUGUGACCGGAAAAAUGCGGAGGAAGUCUCCGGGAGAUGCUGGUGGGAGGUAUACAGCUGUUUGGUGUGGCCUCUCUUCAGUUAAUCUCGGCGGUAUCCGCUGAUAAGGCUGAAUUCGAGAGUUAACCUCCUUCACAACGGUGGAUGACGCAUUCUUUUGUGGGAUGCAGUCUAUAACCGGUUCGAGACCGUUCUUUUUCUUUUUCCUUUUCUGUGUAGACAGUGGAAGGUGAAAAGGUAAGUGUUCUGCAGCCUUGUUAGGUUCGCAGAAGUGGACGUAGUUUCUGUUUCCACUACAUACACCACUUGUCGCUGAGUCUAUCUGGCUGGUCCCCACUUCGGUGACCACUUGUCCACUAAUUUUCAGUUAGUCUAGGAAUAGACUACGACAUGUGAGUUAUUUAUAGAAGCCAAAGGGGAACAUUCUGAGUUACGGUUGUUUCCCCUUACUGUUUUUUCUAAUAGAUUUUGCCUCUCCCCUAUGGAAGGGGAGGUAACACGCAACGCCUUACAGAGGUGCGUCACGUUCAGGACAUUGUCUGGUUGUCCCUGUAAAAAGGUGCAUAUCCUUGUUUAUCUCUGACGGUUCUUCGGCGCAGAAAUGGGCCUGUUGUUCCCAACGACGCAGAUGUCAGAAGUGGUUUUCAGAGUGGAUACUGACCGGUUAUGGUUUGGUGUUUUCCUGUGGAAAGAGUUCUGAGGUUCCAGAGUUGGAUCGACUUUGAGGUGACACCUCAUCAAUAGGUUCCAUUAAGAAGAUGCUGCAUGAGAGUUUUUUUUUCGGAGAGCAGGUCUAAUACCAGAGUGAUUUUCAUGGGACCAGUUGGAAAUGUGGUCCGGGUCACACCUGCGCAUCCACCGGAAUAUAAUCAAAACGGCCAGGACAUCGCUCCUGUGGUGUCUGCUCGAUUUUUUCCUUCUAGAGGAAUAAAGGUUAGGGAUCCAGGUUUAGAUCUUGGUGUCCGUGCAUAUAAAUCUCCGAAGCUGGGGAGCAGUCCUUUGCAAGGGACGUAUUUCCAGAGGAUGAGGUCAGGUUGGGAAACUUGUCUGCUGUAAGUUUUGGAAUUAAGAGCUAUUUUAGACGAACGUGUUCUUCAUGCUCUGCCGUGUUAAUUCUGCCAGAAGCCUUGUCAGAAAUGGCGUAAGUAAGCCGCUAGGGCGGGACAAAAAAAAAAAUGAAAAUGGCAGAAGAUGCGCUGUUUGCAGUUGAGGGGGAAGUCUGGUAAACGCUAUGUUAGCAGUCUUCAUUCCGGAGGUAAACGACGGAGACAUAGAUUUCCUUUGCGACAUGAUAUUCAGCCGGGAAAAAUACUGUCAUUAUUGAGAAGCUUUCCCAGACGUGCCAAGUCUUUGUGGAGUGUCGCAAUUGGACAUGUUGGCGUUUUGCCUCAACGUGAGACCUCGAGGAGAGGGUUCCAGGUUAAGAGACACUCGGGAUAUAGCAACGGACAUCCCUGUGACACCGUGGGUGUUUUUAGUCGGUCGAGGUGGCCUCUUCGCUUUCACAUUUCUGGCAGUGGUAAGCGUAAGAUGAUCGAUGAUCCUCUGAACUCCGGUCUAACCAGAGAGGGUUGGCUAUCCAGUUUUCAUGGUUUACUCAUAGAAAAUUACUGCCCUCUUCCUUUACGUGAGGUAAUGUUACAACAGGAUCAGGGCGUGUAUCAGGACUUACCGCGGCUGCGUCUAAUGGUGGGGCGGUUGAAGGUCGUAUCCUAAGCUCAAUGGGUGUUCCCAGUGAAGUCGUUUCUUCAAUUCUUCCGGCUUGGAAAGAACUCACGGCACAGCGUUACAACCGUUGUUGGAGUAAUUAUGUGUCUCGGUGUGUAUCCAGGAAGGCUCCUAUGGAGGACUUUCAGCUAGGUCCUGCUUAUCCAUACGUUACAAGCCGAUGUGAAGGCAAGACUAUAUUAAGUUUCUUUGCGGAAAUUCUCGUUUGGAAAGUGGUCAGGUUUGUUACUUCGACGUCCGCAAGGCGGGUGUCGGAAGUGGUGGUCUUGUCCCACAAGAGCCUUGUUUGAUCUUUCAGGUGGAUAGAGAGGAAUUGAGUACUCGGUUGAUAGUUCUACCAAGAGGGGUUUCGCAGAAAUCAGGCUUUUGUUGAUGCCGGGGGUUACUUAGGCAUUAGCUAGUUCAAACCCCCUUGCUCUAGCCAGGGUUUUGAGUAUGCAAGUCAUCUAUUUGGCUUAGUUUGGAGUAACAGAGACCCUGUUUAUGUGGUAUGUUCCCAGCUUACUUUGGGAGACUGUGUUAUGCAGUUUGUUACAUGCUGAAUCUGUGAUGCGGUCUGGCAUGUUUGUUCUACGGCUGCUUUGCCGUCACCGAAGUCGGUGGAGGUUCCUUCUUUUGGGAAGAUGGGAUUUUCUUGGGCGAAUGCCCGAGGAGUCUCGGCGGUUUAACUUUGCCGAGCGGAUUCUUGGUCGGGGUCAAAAGUUUUUGCCAUGCUUUACAAGUUUGAUACCCGGAUUGUUGAGGACCUUAUGUUUGCUCAUUCGGUGCUGCAGAGUCGUCCGCACUCUCCCGCCCGUUUUGGAGCUUUGGUAUAAACCCCAUGGUCCUUUUGGAAUCCCCAGCAUCCUCCAGGACGUAUGAGAAAAUAGGAUUUUGGUACCUACUGGUAAAUCCUUUUCUCUUGGUCCGUAGAGGAUGCUGGGCGCCCGUCCCAGUGUGUACUGUGUCUACAGUUAUUGCUUUUUGGUUACACCCUGGUGGUGUGUCUUUUCUAUCUGGUGGUUGCUACCGUUGUUCAUGACAUAGCAUGCAGGGUCCUAUUUUUGUUUCUGUGGACACACGGGUUGUGUUACAUAUUCUCUCAGGGUUUUGUUCAUGCCGUUGACUGGUAUUCUACUGAGUGCCACGUUCUACGGUGUGUUUGAGGUGUGAGCUGGUAUGACACUCACCGUGUUUAUAACAAUAAAUUCUUUCCUCGAAAUUGUCCAUCUCUCCUGGGCACAGUUUUCUAACUGAGGUCUGGA